AUGCAGUUCACGCAGAUCACCGCUGUCCUCUUCCUUACUGCCAGUCUCGGCAUGGCUGGUCCACUUCCUGCUGCUGGAGGCAAUGACCUCGCCACCCGCGGUACAGAGAACAAACUCUCUCCCAACGCCCCAACCAUGAACAAGAAAUGA